AUCCACCUAUUUAUUUAGAUGAUAAUUCAGAUUAUGUUGUGGGUUUGAUAAAUUUUGAGACAUUUUAUACAAUUCCCAAUAUUGAUUAUUCAAAUAAUAGGGUUUAUUAUGGAAGUAAAGGAGAUUUCAUAGAAAUACCUCUGGGAAGCUAUGAAAUUGAAGAUUUAAAUCAACUACUACAGGAGAAAUUUGAAGAAAGGGAAAUAUCCUUUCUUUUACGUGCAAACAAUAAUACCCUAAAGUGUAAAAUUAAAUCAUCUACAGAUAUCGUUUUUAAAAAGGGAACUAUUGGAGAGCUUUUAGGCUUUAAAAGUGACCAAACAAUUAAGGGUGAUAAGAAAUAUCAUGAGUCAGAUUUUCCAGCAGAGAUAAUAAAAGUAAAUUCUCUUUGUGUGGAUUGUAGUAUAGCCGAAGGAUCAUACCUGAACGGACAACCCGUUCACAUUAUUCAUCAAUUCUUUCCCAAUGUUCCACCUGGAUAUAAAAUUAUUGAAAGUCCACAAAAUAUCAUUUAUUUUCCAGUCGUUGUAAAGGUGAUAGAUAAAAUUAUUGUAAAAAUUAUAGAUCAAGAGGGAGACGUAAUCAACUUUAGAAACGAAACCGUUACCAUUAGGCUACACAUUAAAAAAUUGGAAUAAUGGCUAUCUUAUAUAAUAAAAAGGAAAAUGGAAUGUUUACAAAUAAAGUAUAUAAAGUUAAACAUAAAAAAAAUAAAUUUAGUUAUAACUUUAAUUUGAAACCGUUAAGUAAGUCUAAUAGAAACUUUUUAAAAUCACUUGGAUUUAUCAUAUUGUAAAACGUAAAUUAAAAAAAAAAAUGUCCUCAAUUCUUAAUGUUACGGAAAAGCUCAUAAUGGAUAAUUCUAUUACACAUUAUGAAACACAUUCCUAUGAACCAUACCUACCAACAAAACUGGGAAAUAACGAUGAAAUAGUGAUUCCCGUUAAUGAAGUUGAAAAGUAUACUUUACCUGGAGAAAGUUCACUCUAUAUAGAGGGAAAAUUAACCAAGAGUGAUGGAACAGUUUCAAAAAAAGCAUCAUUUAUCAACAAUGGAGUAGCUUUUCUAUUUAAAGAAAUGAGGUAUCAGCUCAAUGGUGUAACAAUUGAUUCCGUGCGAGAUGUAGGUAUGACAUCAACACUAAAAGGAUACCUAUCAUACAAUAAUAAUGAAGUAAAUAAGCUUGAAAAUGCCGGAUGGUAUUUGCCAACAACUACUACUACUACUACUACUACUGAAAAAAAAUCAAUAGUGGAUGAAAAAACGGGUUUUUUUAAUGUAAGCAUUCCAUUAAAAACUCUCAUGGGAUUUUUUGAAGAUUAUAAAAAAGUGAUAAUAAAUUCUAAACAAGAACUGAUUCUAGUUAGAGAUCAUACUGAUAAUAAUGCUGUUACGACUACGGAAGCAAAUGAAUCAUUAAAGGUAACCCUGAGUAAGGUAUCCUGGAAUGUACCUCAUAUUUCUGUAGGAAUAUCACAAGAAUUGCUUCUUACAAAAAUUAUUGAUAAGAAUGUCGACAUCGAAGUUGGGUUUAGAUGUUGGGAAUUAAUUGAAUACCCAGAGCUUCUUAAAACUAAUAGACAUAAUUGGCCAGUGAAAACAUCAACUAAGAUAGAAACACCCCGUCACGUAAUUAUUGCAUUCCAAAGUGGUAAACGAGAUCAGCUUAAGGAAGAUAUGAGUAAAUUUCAUGAUAUUAAUUUAAGGUCUAUAAGAGUAUUUCUAAACUCUGAACGGUACCCUUAUAUAGACCUUAAUUUAGAUAUCAAACAAAACAAAUUUGCAACCCUCUAUGAAAUGUAUUCACAAUUUCAAUCCACCUAUUAUUCAAAGACCGAUGAACCGAUGUUUAAUCCCGAACAGUUUAAAACCAUAGCACCAAUCUCUUAUAUAAAUUGUAUUCAUCAAAAAGAAUUGCUUCAGUCAGGUCCGGUAGUUAUGCGAGUCGAGUUUGAGUUAAAUAGUGAUUUAGACAAAGAUACUUCAGCUUACUGUUUGGUGAUAUACGAUCGCGUAUUUACCUAUAACCCUCUUACAAAAAUAGUGAGGCAAAUAUAAUUGUUUAAAAAAAAAUAUGAAUUUUUUAAUAGUGGAUGUUCAAGGUUUUAAACUUGAAAACCAAAAGUUUCUUCCUAAAGAAUUGGCUGUCUAUGAUGGAGAAAAAAUAAGCCAUUUUGUGUUUAAGCCACCAUUUGCAUUGGAUCAAUUAUCAAAUGAAAUUAUUAAAGAAGCCAAAUGGGCAAUGAUAAAUCAACACUGCAUUCCUUGGUACGAAGGAUAUACCCCAGUUUAUGAAUUUUCUGAAAUAUUGAAAAAUCUUACAGAUAAAGAAAAUAUACAUAGGAUAUAUGUAAAAGGAAAAGAUGCAUGCAAAUAUGUAGAAAAGUAUUCACUGAAACCUGUUAUCGAAAUUAAAGAGAAUGUCGAGGAGAAGGAAAAAGAAGUGGAGAUGGAAAAAACUGAACCUCUAUGCUUUUAUCACUCUCGAUCACAUUGUUUUUGUGCACUUGUUAAUGUAUAUUCUUUAUAUAACAAACUAAAGCCUAUGUGUUAUUAAAAAUAGAUUUUAUGAUUUAAAUAAUGCAUGUUGUAUAAUUUCUAACUUUAGUUUGCUAAAAGUUAUAGUGAAAGAUACACGCACGUUGUCCAAGGUAAACAACUAGCAUCAUGUAUAUUUUAGACGUUCAAGGAUUUCAAUAUAAAAAAAGUCCAUUUCUUUGUAAGGAGAUUGCUAUAAUUGAUAUGGAAAAUGGUGACGUUUUUCAUCAUUUUGUUAAAUUUCCAUUUCCAUUUCACUGGUUUCAACGGUUUGAUGAUAAUGCCAGUUUUGAAGGGAAACAAAUGGAUUGGAUAACAAGAAAUCUACAUGGAUUGCCUUGGGACUUUACUGACGUCAACUAUUUACCCUUGGAAGGUCUUUAUGCAUUUUUAAAAGACACUAUUAAACCAAAUAGGACAGUGAAUGUUAAAGGUUUGACAAAAAAAAUGUGGUUAAGUAGUAUAAUUCCAAAUAAUAUUAUAGACUUGUUAGAGUUGGGUUGUUUAAAUUUAAAUUGUCUUAUUAGUCAAAGUGGUCGUAAAUACCACUGCAAAAAACAUAUUUAUAAUAAUUUAAGGUGCGCCAAGGAAAAUGUUUAUAUUUUAAGGGAUUGGUAUAUGAAUAAAAUUGAUUAAAUUUCAAUUA